CUCCUUCGCAGAAGAGCCUCCAUUUGCGAGCACUUGAAACAAACCCUAGAUAGAAUUCACACCACCACCGCUCAGAAAGUUAGAUAGCCGUUCCGAUCAGCUCCGAUCUGAAGAAGUAAGAAAUGGCGAUGGCCGCACUGAGACGCGAGGGUAGACGGAUCGCCGCUCCUCUUCUCUCUCCUCACCCAAUCAAUCCCCUCCGCUCCUCCCUCGCUUCCUCUGAGGAGCAGGCAUUCUCAGGAGUUCGUUUCAUCUCUACUCAAAUUGUGCGCACUCGUAUGAAGAGUGUCAAGAAUAUUCAGAAAAUCACUAAGGCUAUGAAGAUGGUUGCAGCUUCGAAACUCCGAGCUAUUCAAACCAGAGCUGAAAAUUCACGUGGUCUAUGGCAGCCAUUCACUGCUCUUCUUGGUGACAUGCCAAGUGUUGAUGUCAAGAAGAAUGUUAUUGUCACAAUCUCAUCAGACAAAGGUCUCUGUGGUGGAAUCAAUUCUACUUCCGUGAAGAUAAGCAGGGCGCUCUACAAGUUAAAUUCUGGUCCUGAAAAGGAAUGCAAAUAUGUCAUUUUGGGAGAGAAGGCAAAGGCCCAACUUGUGCGUGACUCAAAGAAAGACAUUGGGCUGUCGAUAACUGAGUUGCAGAAGAAUCCUCUUAACUAUACUCAGGUUGCCGUGAUUGCAGAUGACAUCUUAAAGAAUGUAGAGUAUGAUGCACUAAGGAUCGUGUUCAACAAGUUCCAGUCUGUGGUUGCAUUUCUGCCAACAACAUCAACUGUAUUAUCUCCCGAGAUUGUGGAGAGAGAAGCUGAAGCUGGCGGCAGUCUUGGGGAAUUAGAUUCCUAUGAAAUUGAAGGUGGUGAAACAAAGUCAGAAGUGCUUCAGAAUCUCACAGAAUUCCAGUUCUCAUGUGUUAUGUUCAAUGCAGUACUAGAAAAUGCUUGCAGUGAGCAGGGAGCGAGAAUGUCUGCCAUGGACAGCUCCAGUAGAAACGCUGGAGAUAUGCUUGACCGUCUCACCCUUACUUAUAACAGAACUCGUCAAGCAUCCAUCACUACGGAGUUGAUUGAGAUUAUAUCUGGAGCAUCAGCAUUGACGGGCUAAAUUCAACAAAUCUUUAGUCUCCUUGUCUGCCCUAGUCGGAUAUUGACGAAAUAAAAGUUACUUGUGGAGAAUAAUUUUUUUCCGUGUUUGGCGAGAACUUAAGCAUUUUUCAGCCUUUUUUUUUUUUUUUUAAUUUAAAUAAUCUCCUUGGCUAUAACUUCGUACAAAGGGAUAUAUCGGCUUGAGCCCGUUCACCUCUAUGAAACCCAGUUUUAUGGUCUUGUUCUCUUGGUGUGUUUAUGUUUCUUUUUCACUUUCAGAAACUCAUAAUACAAAGACAAGUGUUUCUAUCUUUAUUUUGAUGA